AUGAUAGAAGUAAUUUUAACUAAAAAAGAAGGAUAUUGUGGAAAAAUCGGUUAUAAUAAGCGAUAUUUAUCAACUAUUCAUAUUAAUGUAACAGAAUAUCCUUACAUGAUAAAACUUAAGAAUUCAUUCGAUAGGCAUCAUGGACAAAAAGUAAAGGAUGAUUAUAGAUAUUUAGAAGAUAAAUAUUUUAGUAUAACAAUUAAAUUUAUAGAAGAACUUAACAAUAUAUCAGAAACCGUGUUUUCAAAAUCAAAAUAUAGAAAAGAUAUAACAGAUAAAUUUAAUGAUUUAUGGAAAUAUGAUAAAUUUGGUUUAUAUUCAAAGUAUGGUAAUUAUUAUUAUUAUUUCUUUUACAAUGGAUCAACACUAUUACCAUCAUUGAUGCAAUCAAAAAAUUUAAAUGAAAAAGGGAAAACAUUUAUUAAUUUUGAUAAAUUAGAUUCAAAAGGAGAAAUAGAAAUAAAAGAUAUGGUAUUUAGUAAUGAUGGAAAAAUGAUGGCAUAUGUUAUUAAAGAAAAAGAUAAUGCAUGGAAUACAAUUAUGUUUAAAUAUACUAAUAAUAAAAAAAUCAAAGAUAAAUUAAAUAAUGUCAUAUAUUCAAUGUAUAAUUUUAUCUUUAACAAUAAAGGAUUUAUAUAUUCAACAUAUCCAGAAAAAAAUGGAACCUUAGGAGGAUUUAUGAUAUCAAAUUUUAAAAAACAUUCAUUAUAUUAUCAUCAUUUUGGACAAAAACAAACAAGUGAUAAAUUAUUAGCAACUUGUAAAGAUGGAGAUGAUUUUAUAAUUCAUGGAACUUUAUCAAAUGAUGGUAAAUAUUUGUUUGUUCAAUGUAUUAAUGAAAUUUCUGGUACAAAUAAUUUAUACUAUGUUAAAUUAAAUAAUAACAAAUAUUUUAAAAAAAAAAUUAAAUUAAUACCAUUAAUUACAAGAAAUGAUGCAUUGUAUAAUGUUAUUGAUUCCAAUUCUAAAUAUGUUUAUAUUUAUACAAAUCUAAAUACUGCAUUUGGAAAAGUAAUAAAAAUGAAAUUAAUAGAUAAAUAUUAUAAUCAAAAUAAAUGGAAGUUAUUUAUUGAAGAAACAAGAAAUCAAGAAAUUAAUAAAAUUGUUCCAGUUGGAAAGAAAUAUUUAGUAGCUAAUUGUAUGACUAAUUUACAAAGUUUUUUAAUUAUAUAUGAUAUGAAAAAUGGUAAAUAUUUAAAAAAAAUUAAUUUUGGUGAAGGUAUUAUCGAAGAUAUUAGUGGAAGUUCAAUGCAUUAUGAAUUAUUUGUCACUUUUAAUAAUUUAGUUUCACCACAAACUAUUUAUAGACUUAAUUUAGAAUAUGGUAUCAAAAAAAUAAUACAAAAAAAAAUUAUUCAAUCAAUACCAAACGAUAUAAAAGAUGAACAAUUUAUAAUUAAAAAAUUACAUUAUUUAGGAAGAGAUCAUACAAGAAUACCUUUAAUCAUGUUUUAUAAUAGAAAAACAUUAAGAAAUCGUAAAAAUCCCAUUAUUUUAGAAGGAUUUGGUGGUUUUAAAUCUACCUUACGACCAAAUUAUGCUUUAUCAAAAUUGCUUUUUGUUAAACAUUUUGGUGGUAUUUGGUGUAUUGCUGGUAUAAGAGGUGGUGGUGAAUAUGGAACAAAAUGGCAUUUAAAUGGUAAAGGUUUGAAUAAAAAAAAUAGUUUUUUUGAUUUUAUUGCUGGAGCAGAAUUUAUAAUAAAACGAAGAUAUACUCGUCCUUCUAAACUUGCUAUUUUUGGUUCAUCAGUUGGUGGUCUUAUAGCAAAUGUUGUAUCACAAAUGAGACCUGAUCUUCUUGGAGCUGUUGUUUCAAAAACACCAUUGCUUGAUAUGAUACGAUAUCAUAGAUUAACAACACAUGAUGAAAUUUUUAUAGAAGAAUUUGGUGAUGUGUCAAUAAAAAAACAUUUUAAAAAUUUAAUAAAAUAUUCACCUUUACAUAAUUUAAAACUGCCCAAACAUAAAUUGCAAUGGCCAAGUACAUUAUUAUUUACGACAACAGAAGAUGUCAUUGUUGGUCCAGAACAUACUCUUAAGUAUUUAGCUAGAUUAUAUGUACUUCUUCAAAAGGCUAUUAAAUAUCAAACAAAUCCUGUUAUCGGAUUUGUAGGAAAAUAUUAUGGUCAUCAUGAUUAUCAAAAGCCUGAAGAGAAAUUAUUGAAUGAAUCAAUUAAUAUGUUUUGUUUUCUUCAACAGACAUUAGAUUUAAAAUGGUAUAAAUAA